AUGUGGGGUCGUCAUUGGCUUGAGCCCUUGUUGGCUUCUAAUUCGGACACAACCAUACCUAGAUUUCCUUCUUCCAACUACUUGUCCUUGCCUCUUUUGAGUGUGCUUAAUAUGGUAGAACAGUUGGAUGCUUUAGGUUUUAUCAAUUGGGGUGCAUGGCCUUCAUUUAGACUAUUGUUUGUAGAGAAUGUUGGUUGCAGUCCUCAACAACCUCUUCAGAUGAUGCCGACACUUGUGCUGUCUGCCUUGAGAGAGCGUGUGGUGUUGCUACGGAAGGUUCCCCGUUCUGACCAGAAGGCCACAGGUUUGAGUCAUGGAAAAAUGCCUCUUUGGAGAGUGCAAGGGCAGGGGAGUGCACUGAUCAAUUCAUUUAUCGUUUCAAGAUGCAGGCACGGGCUAUGCGUAAGUUGUGCACUUUAUCUGUGCUCAACGAGCCAAUUUCCUUCCGAUAUGGUUGCCCCAACUGGGUCAAUCCCAUGCCCCCUCUGUAGACAUGCCAUUCUCUCCUUUGUGAAAUUGCCGAGUUCACCCAGAAAAGAAAUUAAACUACAGCUCUCCUUUGGCCUCUGUACACCCUGCAUGCUUCAUCCCCGCAAUGCAGAUUGCCCGUCACAAAAUUCAGAGAUCAGAAAGAAUCGUGUUUCAUUGGUCUCUUCGGACAUUUUCUGUCGAGCUACCUGUAGUCCAUUUCCUUCUGUCGCCAUCCCUUUAUGCACCUGUAAUGACAGCCCUUGCCCCUCUUUCGAACACCUAGAGACAGCAGAAACACAAGAAGAAUCCCUGAGGCGUUCACAAGUCAUGUCAAUCGAACAGGAUAAAAUCAAAGGAUCAAGACUGGAAAGAAGAACAUGUUCAAGCAUGUUUUGGGGCAGAAGGAGCUGCAGUAGAGAGCAUCAAUGUAAUUCAGAAAUAAAUGCUUGAUUGGU